GUGGUUGGUUCUAGCUAUUGCUAUGGUACGCUUUUAUAUGGAAAAAGGAACACACAGAGGUUUAUAUAAAAGCAUUCAGAAGACACUUAAAUUUUUCCAAACAUUUGCUUUGCUUGAGGUAGUCCACUGUCUGAUUGGAAUUGUACCCACUUCUGUGCUUGUGACAGGGGUCCAAGUGAGUUCAAGAAUCUUCAUGGUAUGGCUCAUUACUCACAGUAUAAAACCCAUCCAGAAUGAAGAGAGCGUGGUGCUUUUUCUGGUCUCCUGGACUGUGACCGAGAUCACUCGCUAUUCCUUCUACACAUUCAGUCUUCUCGACCACUUGCCGCACUUCAUUAAAUGGGCCAGAUAUAAUUUUUUUAUCAUCUUAUAUCCUGUUGGAGUUGCUGGGGAACUUCUCACAAUAUAUGCUGCCUUGCCUUACGUGAAGAAGUCAGGAAUGUUUUCAGUAAGGCUUCCGAACAAAUACAAUGUCUCUUUUGACUACUACUAUUUUCUUCUCAUAACCAUGGCCUCAUAUAUACCGUUGUUUCCUCAACUCUAUUUUCAUAUGUUACGUCAAAGAAGAAAGGUGCUGCAUGGCGAGGUGAUUGUAGAGAAGGACGAUUAAACGACCCCUACAGACAAGGUGCUUUUUCCAGAAAAACCGGAUUACUUGAGUUCAAGUUUUAAUAAUGAGAAUAAACAACUUCAUGAAUACCAUGGAUCGUAUUGUUUCUUGAAAUAUCAGGAAAAAACGUGUUUACCAGGCCUUUGUCUUCGUGCUGUGCCGCAUCUAUUUCUGACAACGGCAAAUAUUUGAAACUGGUGGGUGAGGGGUGAGGGCGAAUCAUUUAGAAAACUAUUGGAUAUAUUACCUGAGAAAAAGAACUUUUUGUUCCCUUUGCUAAUAUGUUUUACAACAUAUGAGCAAGGCUUUCUUUUAAAAUCAAUAGGUUGAAAUUGGUUUCAUUUAACAUGAUACCUACCAAUGACAUUUAUGUUUUACUUAUAAAUGAAAGCCAACACAAAAUUGUAGCAAGUGAUGUAUUAGAACCCCUGAUUCAUUGUUUCAAAUUCUAGGGCAACAUUGAUAGCAAUAUCUGGAAGGGUAGGCAUAAUUUUCUAUGGUAAGCUCUUGAUGUAAAGUAGAAACAUAAAAAUCUCCAAGUGGGGUUGCUGGAGACACAGCCAAGGCACUUGUGCACCUCGGGUGAGUGCCCUGCCACUGAGUGGUAUCCUUGGCUUCAGGAAAAUGUUCGCUGGAGAUUUUUCUAGACUGUUGACAUUAUUUAUUGAGCAUUGGUCACUCAAAGACAACUUUCUCAAUCAUAAGGAUUUUAAGAGGUUAGACAAACUGCUGAUACUUAUUUUGCCUACUGUUUAACAGACAUGUCCGAUUAUAUUAAUUGUUUCCAGAUUUUUAGUUGAGAAAGCUCCUUUGACCUGUGAAAGUAUCUUAUGAAACCAUGGUAUGAUAAUCCUCUGCGGUACUUAUUUCUAUCUGUCAUCUAAACAGUCAUUUUAUUCUGAAUUACACUGGGGAGCAAAAGUCUCACGACAAAACCCCUGACUUCUUGUUUAAUAGAAUGACGUACAGAGCAAACCUCACUUCCUCUUUAAUUAAAAAGGGUCUUUAGAGGUUCCCUCCUAUGGUAAAAUGUAUUGAUUGACUGGUUGACUUUAGAGCUAAUGUAGGUGUGAUAAGAAAAGGAACCUUUUGCCUACUGUAGCCACCCAUGUGGAUGCAAUUGUGGCUGUAAGUGUUCUGUCUAGUGUGUAUUUGCUGUCAACACCUUCCACACUCUAUUCAGAUUGGCUUGUGUGGAACCGGCUCCUAUAGAAAGUCUUCAUAUAGUGAUUUGGAGUUCAGAACAGUCUUUCAGGUUUGUAUCAAUGACUUGAUUUUCUUCAAAGGUGCUAUUUUUGUUACAUUGCAUUUUACAUUUCCUCUAUGGCUGAUUGUUUGAAUGAGCACUGUGUAUUAGGUCACUGGUUCUCAGUGCUGUUCCUCAUUCUGCUCUGACACUUCUUGGCCAGUUUUCACCUUGAAUUUUAUGAUGAAGAGCUUUUUGUGAACUUUCCCACUUUGGGUGACAUAGUGUGAGAUAUUUGUAUUUAUUAAAUGCCUGUCUUAGGAAAAUAUCUUCAUGUUGCUAAAGCAUGCAUUGUUUAAUCUUCACUCCCCGAAAGAAGCUGUAAUACUUCCCAUAAAAGUGAGUUCUGAAACUA